CACAGAACUUUUUAUCCCUUUUGUCCUCGGUUUGUAGGAACUCGUCUGACGUUAUCGACGCUCGGCUAACCAAACAACAACAAAAAAUCGCUGACGUCCUAUCGACCCAAGCCAGACAACAGCCCCGGUGCUACAAGUUCCGAGUUUUUGAAAGUGACAGUGAACGCAACAGGAGCCGGGCGGUCCUAGGAGUUUCGUCCCAAAGCGAGCCCGAAGUCAGUGGAGUUUUCCCCGCAGGAAGCAGCGCGCCGGCCCGGUUCUCCCGUCACGUCUCUUAGCCAGCAUGCCGACCACGGAGAAGGACCUGGCGGACGACGCGCCGUGGAAGAAGAUCCAGCAGAACACUUUCACCCGCUGGAUCAACGAGCACCUGAAGUGCGUCAACAAGCGGAUCGUGGACCUGCAGCUCGACUUGGGCGACGGCCUGAGACUCAUCGCGCUGCUGGAGGUCCUGAGCCGCAAGAAGAUGCACCACCGCUUCCACCACCGGCCCAACUUCCGACAGAUGAAGCUGGAGAACGUCUCCGUGGCGCUGGAGUUCCUGGACAACGAGAGCAUCAAGCUGGUCUCCAUCGACUCCAAAGCAAUCGUGGACGGCAACCUGAAACUGAUCCUUGGUCUGGUCUGGACUCUGAUCCUGCACUACUCCAUCUCCAUGCCCAUGUACGAGGGCGAGGAUGACGAGUCCGAGUCCAAGACCCCCAAGCAGCGUCUGUUGGGCUGGAUCCAGCACAAAGUCCCGGACAUGCCCAUCACCAACUUCAGCCAGGACUGGAGGACGGGAAAGGCACUUGGGGCGCUGGUGGACGGCUGUGCGCCAGGUCUGUGUCCAGACUGGGAGACCUGGGAUCCAGUGAAACCAGUGGAGAACGCCACAGAAGCCAUGCAGCUAGCAGAUGAAUGGUUGGGAAUCCCGCAGGUGAUUGCCCCGGAGGAGAUUAUCGACCCUCAGGUUGAUGAGAUGUCGGUGAUGACCUACUUGUCUCAGUUCCCCAAAGCCAAACUAAAACCAGGAGCACCUCUAAAACCCAGGCUCAACCCCAAGAAGGCCCGUGCUUAUGGACCAGGUAUCGAACCUACGGGCAACAGGGUGCUCCGCCCCGCGGUGUUCACAGUGGACACUUUCAGCGCCGGCCAGGGUCAGGUCACCGUCUAUCUGGACCAACCGGACGGCGCCAGAGAGGAGCUGAAGGUGGAGUCCAAUGAGGCCAAGAAGACCUACAAAGUCUCCUACGUUCCUCAAGUCCUGGGACCCCACAUGGUGACCGUGCUGUUUGCAGGCCAGCCCAUUCCCAAGAGUCCCUUCCAGGUCAGCGUGGACAAGGCCCUGGGUGAUGCCUCCAAGGUGGCGGUGAAAGGGCCGGGGAUCGAACCAGUGGGCAACGUCGCAAACAAACCCGCAUACUUUGACAUCUACACUGCCGGGGCGGGCAAAGGAGACGUGACGGUCACCAUCAAAGACCCUCAAGGCCGCGACAACAGCGUGGAGGUGAUGUUAGAGGACAAGGGCGACAGCUUGUACCGCAGCACCUACCGACCCACGCAGGCCGGCCCGCACACCGUCAGCGUCACCUUCGGCGGCGCCGCCGUCCCCAGGAGUCCCUUCACGGUGGACGUGGGCCCAGCCUGCCUGCCGGGGGCCUGCAGGGCGAUGGGGCGUGGCCUGCAGGCGUCGGGUUUGAGGGUGAAACAAGUGGGCGACUUCCGGGUGGACGCCAGGAACGCCGGCAGUGGAGAGCUGAAGGUUGCGGUCAAAGAUCCCAAGGGCGGCGAGGAGCGUGUGAAGCAGAUAUCCAGUCAAGACAGCGUGUACUCGUACGAGUAUUACCCCCUCAGUACCGGAAAAUACACCGUGGCCAUCGCCUGGGGGGGGCAGCAUAUCCCCAAGAGUCCCUUCGAGGUGGUCGUGGGUCCGGAGGCGGGUUCUCAGCAGAUCAGGGCCUGGGGUCCGGGUCUAGAAGGAGGGGUCGUGAGCAAACCCGCCAUCUUCGUGGUGGAGUCCGUCGGCAGCGACGUGGGCGUGCUCGGUUUCGCCAUCGAGGGUCCGUCGCAGGCCAAGAUCGAGUGCGAGGACCAGAACGAUGGCUCGUGUGACGUCCAGUACUGGCCCACGGAGCCCGGAGAGUACGCCGUCCAUGUCACCUGCGACGACGAGGACAUCGAACACAGUCCCUUCAUGGCCUACAUCCUGCCUGACCGCCACAACAAUGACCCCAGCAAGGUCCAUGCCUUCGGACCCGGACUUGAGAAGAGCGGCUGUUUGGUCAAUGAAGCCACGGAGUUCACUAUCAGCGCUAAGGAUGCUGGGAACGGACCUCUGAAGAUUAUGUCACAGGACGCGGAGGGCCUCCCUGUGGAGGUGAAGGUGCGCAGCAAGGGCGAGGGUCUCUACUCCUGCUCUUACACGCCCACCUCGGCACUCAAGCACACGCUGGCCGUGGCCUGGGGAGGAAUCAGCAUCCCCAACAGCCCCUUCAGGGUCAACGUCGGCAAAGGCAGCCACCCCAGCCUGGUCAAGGUGUCGGGCCCCGGCGUGGAGACCACGGGCCUCAAAGCCAAUGAGCCCACACACUUCACAGUGGACUGCUCAGGAGCUGGAGAUGGUGACGUCAGCGUGGGCAUCAAGUGUGACGCCAACAUGGUGGGCGACAGAGAGGCGGAUGUGGAUUUUGACAUCAUUCCCAACGCCAACGACACCUUCACUGUCAAGUACAUCCCACCUGCUGCCGGGAAACUCACCAUUAAAGUCCUCUUCACCGACAAGGAAGUUCCUCAGAGUCCAUUUCUGGUCAAAGUGGAUCCCUCCCACGACUCAUCCAAGGUCAAGGCCGAGGGUCCCGGACUGACUCCCACCGGCGUGGAGAGUGGAAUCCCCACUCACUUCACGGUGCUCACGAAAGGAGCCGGGAAAGCGCCGCUGGACGUUUCCUUCUCGUCGCCCGUCAACGACUUCGACAUCAUCGACAACUACGACUACUCUCAGACCGUCAAAUACACACCCCUCACCCCGGGCGCCAUGAGCAUCGCCGUGACGUUCGGAGGCGAUCCCAUCGCCAGGAGCCCCUUCCAUGUGGGCGUGGCGGCGCCCCUCAACCUCAACAAGGUCAUCGUGGACAACUUGGACGGACGAGUGGAGGUGGGCCAGGAGCAGAGCUUCAAGGUGGACACAAAGGACGCCGGGGGUCAAGGUCGCUUGCAAGUGGAAGUGCUGAGUCCCAGCCAGCGAGCAGUGCCCUGCAAAGUGGACGUCCAACCUGGAGAAGCCGGCGUCCGCCUGGUCUGUUACACCCCCACGGAGGAGGGGCUCCACGCAGUGAAUGUGUCCUAUGAUGGACAUCCUAUCCCUGGCAGUCCUUUCCCUGUGGAAGGACAGCUGCCUCCAGACCCGAGCAAGGUAAAGGCAUUCGGUCCAGGCCUGAAAGGAGGUCUGGUUGGGAACCCGGCACAGUUCACCAUCGACACCAAAGGCGCGGGGACAGGAGGACUGGGUCUGACGGUGGAGGGUCCGACGGAGGCCAAGAUCGAGUGUUCGGACAACGGAGACGGGACCUGCUCUGUCUCCUACCUGCCUACAGAACCCGGAGAAUACCUGGUCAACAUCCUGUUCGAGGAGACCCACAUCCCAGGCUCGCCGUUCAGGGCGGACAUCCAGCUGCCCUUCGACCCCAGCAAGGUGGUGUCCUCUGGGGCGGGCCUGACCAGGGCCAAGGUGGGGGAGCCCAGCGUGGUCAAUGUGGACUGCUCUCGGGCCGGACCGGGUCUGCUCAGCCUGGAGGCGGUCCCGGACCCGUCCUCUGGUUCUGCACCCUCAGGUGUGAAAGCCAAGACGGAGGUGGUGGACAAGAAAGACGGGAGCUACACCGUCAGCUACGUGCCUCUGACCUCUGGCAUGUACACGCUGCUGCUGCUCUACGGAGGCAAAGCUGCUCCCGGGUUCCCCGCCAAGGUGAUGGUGGACCCCGCCCUCGAUGUCUCCAAGGUCAAAGUGUUUGGACGCGGCGUGGACGGAAAAGGUGUCUUCAUGGACGCCACCACGGCUUUUACAGUGGACGCUCGUCCUCUGAGCCGGCGAGGAGGAGACCACGUGAAGGUGGAGGUCAGGAGUCCUUCCGGAGCGCUGGCAGACUGUGUGGUCCGGGACAACGCUGACGGGACGUACAGCGUGGAGUACACGCCUUUUGAGAGCGGGGACCACAGUGUCCAGGUUCUCUAUGACAACACCCCGGUCCUAAAGAGCCCUGUGAAGGUUUCUGUGUCCGAGGGCUGUGACCCCACCAGGGUGACGGCCACGGGGCCCGGCCUCCAGAAAGGCCUCACUGACAAGACCAACAGCUUCAACAUCAUCACCAGGGGAGCAGGCACGGGCGACCUUGGCAUCACCGUGGAGGGUCCUUCCGAGUCCAAGAUGGCGUGCAAAGACAACAAAGAUGGCAGCUGCAGCGUGGAGUAUGUUCCCUUCACGGCCGGCCUCUAUGACGUCAACAUCAUGUACGGAGGACAACACAUCCCUGGAAGUCCCUUCAAGGUGCCUGUGCAGGACACUGUGGACCCCUACAAGGUCAAGGUGUCCGGUCCAGGUGUGGGUCAAGGGGUCAGGGCCCACAUUCCUCAGUCCUUCACUGUGGACUGCAGGAAGGCGGGCAAGGCCCCGCUUGCCGUGACCGUGGCGGCCCCCAGAGGUGCCUUGGAGCCCGUGGAGGUGGUGGACAACCGGGACGGAACCCACACCGUGUCCUACACGCCCUCUGGGGAGGGAAUGUACAGUGUGGACGUCCUGUAUGGGGAGGAGGACGUCCCCUCCAGCCCCUUCAGGUUUCGGGUCCUGCCCACUCACGACGCCAGCAAAGUGCGAGCCAGCGGCCCCGGCCUGACCGGCAAAGUCCUGGCCAGCUUCCCGGUGGACUUCAACAUUGACGCCAGGCAAGCGGGCCAAGGACAACUCAGCGUGCUCAUCACCGACCAGGAUGGUAAACCCAAGCUGCCCAGUAUCCAUGACAACCAAGACGACACGUACCAGGUGUCCUACAUCCCCGACCGGACGGGCCGCUACACCAUCGUCGUCAAGUACGGCGGCGAUGACAUCCUGACCUCGCCCUACAAAGUCCAGGCCACGGCCACGGGGGACGCCAGCAAGUGCAUCGCCACCGGCCCCGGUGUUGGUCCCAGGGUGGCCAUCGGCGAGGAGCUGGCCCUGCUGGUCAACGCCAAAGGAGCCGGGAACGGCAAAGUCAACUGUGUGGUCGUGCGGCCCGACGGCAGCGAGGUGGACGCCGAGGUCCUGGAGAACGAGGACGGCACCUUUGACAUUUUUUGCACGGCCAUGGAACCCGGGAACUACGUCAUCUUCGUGCGCUUUGGAGGAGAGAACAUACCUGGAAGUCCCUUCAAGGUCACGGCCACCAACGAGGUCCCCAUCAUCCAGGAACACACUUCGCUGCAGCAACAAGCUGCUCCCUUGGGGGCUGGCUUUCGACCCUGGCAGGCGACCUCAGACCACUAUGAGGUGGUCAGUGACAGCGUAAACGGAGGCAGCUUCAGAUCUUUUGACCUGGUCAUACCUUUCUCCGUCCAGAGGGGACAAAUCACCGGGGAGGUGCUGACACCUUCAGGGAAGUCCACCCAGCCUCACAUCACAGACAACAUGGACGGCACAGUGACAGUGCAGUACUCGCCCACCGAGGCCGGCCUGCACCAGAUGCACAUCAAAUACAACGGCACGCACAUUCCAGAGUCUCCUCUUCAGUUCUUUGUCAACCACGGCAGCAGUCCGAGCGUCACAGCCUACGGUCCUGGUCUCUGCUACGGCGUCGCCAACAAGACGGCCGCCUUCACCGUCAACACGGAGGACGCCUCAGAAGGAGGUCUGGACCUGGCCAUCGAGGGUCCGUCCAAGGCAGAAAUCAGCUGUGUGGACAACAAGGACGGCACCUGCAGCGUCAGCUACCUGCCCACGCUGCCGGGAGACUACAACAUCCUGGUCAAAUACAACAAUAAGCACAUCGCCGGCAGCCCCUUCACCGCCAAGAUCACUGAGGACAAACAACGCCGCUCUCAGGUCAAACUGGGCUCGGCGGCCGAUUUCUUCCUGGACAUCAACGAGACGGACCUCAGUCUGCUGAACGCCACCAUCAUGGCGCCGUCGGGCCGCGAGGAGCCCUGCCUGCUGAAGAGGAUGUCCAACAACCACAUCGGUGUCUCCUUCAUCCCCAGGGAGGUGGGCGAGCACCGCGUCAGCAUCAUGAAGAACGGCCGCCACGUCCCCAACAGUCCCAUUUCCAUCCUCAUCGUGCAGUCGGAGAUCGGCGACGCCAGCCGGGUCAAAGCUCACGGCGACGGCCUUGUAGGGGGCGCCACUUUCAACGAUGCCAGCUUUGUCGUGGACACGCGAGAGGCCGGCUACGGCGGGCUGGGUCUGGCCAUCGAGGGUCCCAGUAAAGUGGACAUCCAGACCGAGGACAACGAGGACGGGACGUGCCGGGUCACUUACUGCCCCACCGAGCCCGGGAACUACAUCGUCUCUAUCCGCUUCUCCGAGCAGCACAUGCCAGGAAGUCCAUUCACGGUGCCGGUGACAGGGGAGGGCCGCAUCCGGGAGAGCAUCACCCGCAGACAGAGGGCGGCGCCCGUCGCCAGCGUGGGCAGCGUCUGUGACCUCAGCCUCAAGAUACCAGCCCUGGACAUGCGUGAGGUGACGGCCGAGGUCACGUGUCCUUCUGGGUCCAGUCAGCCCGCUCAGCUGCUGACCGCGGGCAAGGACACCCACUGCGUGCAGUUCGUGCCCGCCGAGACAGGCGUGCACAAGGUGAGCGUGAGGUACCGGGGCAGGCACGUGCCCGGCAGCCCCUUCCAGUUCACCGUGGGACCGCUGGGCGAGGGCGGUGCUGCCAAGGUCACAGCAGGAGGUCCGGGACUAGAGGCGGCGCUGGCGGGAGAGCCAGCUGAGUUCAGUAUCUGGACCAGAGAGGCCGGCGCCGGGGGUCUGUCGGUGGCCGUGGAGGGACCCAGCCGGGCCGAGAUCUCCUUCGACGACCGCAAAGACGGAUCCUGUGGCAUCUCUUACGUGGCCCAGGAGCCCGGGAGCUACGAGAUCGCCGUGAAGUUCAACGACCAGCACAUCCCGGACAGCCCCUACCUGGUCCCUGUGGUCGCCCCCACCUACGACACCACCCGCCUCAAUGUCACCGGCCUUAAGGUGAGCCAAGGGGACUCACCUUCACUUCACACACCACGAUGUUAAA